AUGGAAGAACCAAUCAACCUCAUUCCCUAUAAUGCUGACGCAUUGAGGGAGAACGAGACAUACUUAGAUCAUACCGGCACCACUCUCUAUGCGCAGUCUGCUUUGACGAGCUUCAUAAACAAGAUGUCAAGCAAUCUGUUCGGGAACCCACACUCAGACUCACGAUCCUCCCGGCUGUCAACCGAAAGGGUCGAUGAGAUCAGGAAGCAAACAUUGGCAUUCUUUCACGCCGACCCGGAGCAUUUCGAUCUGGUCUUUGCCAUGAACGCCACCGCGGCGAUCAAAUUGGUUCUUGAGGGUCUUACCCAUCCGCCUGUCUCCGAUAGCCCCGGGAAGACGUUCAAGGGGCCCGGACUCUGGGUGGGGUAUCAUCUCGAGUCUCACACGAGCGUUGUGGGACUACGUGAACUGGCUGCUGCCGGGCAACACUGCUUCAUGUCGGAUAGCGAAGUUGAGGCCUGGAUCCGGCCAAAUCCCGCCAGGGACAAGACCGAUCGAUGUCCAGUACAAACCUCCAACACGUUCCAGGUCGGUUUGUUUGCAUAUCCAGCACGAUCGAACAUGACCGGACGACGGCUCCCUCUUCAUUGGCCGGGCCGUCUCCGACAAUCACAAUACGCCUCUCACCAGAGAGUCUUCACCCUGCUGGAUGCUGCUGCACUGGCUCCGACUGCGUCACUGGACUGCUUCCGGGACCCCAAUGGAGCCCCCGACUUUACAGCCGUCAGCUUCUAUAAGAUCUUCGGAUUCCCUGACCUGGGAGGGCUGAUUCGACCCUACUUUGGCGGAGGCACGGUUGAGUUGGUCACUUGCUCCGACCAUCCCUGGCAUUCCAGGAACCCAUCCCGCAUCCACGAGAUACUUGAGGAUGGCACAGUCCCCUCUCAUAGCAUACUGGCCCUGGGGUGUGCUCUGACAACCCACAAGCAGCUGUACACUUCUCAGGAGCACGUGUCUCACCACACCACGCGGCUUACAGCACACCUCUACCAGUCGCUUUCCUCGCUUCGCCACCAUAACAGCGUCAAGGUGUGCGAGAUCUACCAAGAUCCACCGGCGGAGUACGGCGACAAGGCGGCCAACGAGCACCGCAUCCACCUUCGCACAGGCUCAGUCUGCAACCCCGGCGGACUCGCAAAGCUCCUCCAGCUGGAGGAAUGGGAGCUGUUCCAGAACUACACGGCGGAAGUACGUUGUGGCUGUCGCAGCGUGCUUGUGGGGCAUAAGCCUUCAGGGAUAAUCCGCGUGAGCCUUGGGGCGAUAGAGCACCCUGAACGAUGUCGAGCAUUUUAUAGGAUUUGUGCACCAUCUGUUCGGUGCAGGCGCCGUUCCUCCCCUGGCGCCUCCAAAGGCUCGAUCCUCCACCAGGACCACGCACCGCGACUCCUACUCCUCCAACCGAUGGUCGAUGCCGUGCACGGCAUCCUGCGCAUUAGCGUGCACCACUCCCUGCGCCGGCGCAACACCACAAACUCCGGCAAUCGAUGGCUAUAA